CAAGGCGAGGAGAACCCACAGGCUGCGUGACUCUCAGCGUUUUAGUCAGCUCUCCCUGCUGUGGAGCGGCGGUCCACAUCCCUCUGUUGUUCCAAAGAUGGCCUCCACAGUGAGAGCAAACUGAAUGCCAGCAGCGUUGAAUGCAUGUGAAGCCGUGCACACAUGCCAGCGAAUCUUGUUUCGUACAGAAGUUAAGAAACCUUAACAACAUGAAGCCGUAAGCCACCAUCGGUCCACGUCAAGAAGCUGCCGACCUCUGACCCCUGACCGCUUCAGCUGCUGGCUCCACGGUGACCCCGCCACGAUGCUGCAGCAGAUCCUGAACGACAUGUACGUGGACCCCGACGUGCUGGACGGCCUCAACGACGACCAGAAGAAGACCCUGUUCCUGAAAAUGCGCCAGGAGCAGGUUAAGCGCUGGAAGGAGCGGGAGGAGAAGCUGGAGAUGGAAGGAGGACACCCUGGGUCCAGAGGGACGAGGUCCACUAAAGCCAACAGUAAGAGUGUGAGCUGGCUGCUCGGUCGGGACGGAGACGUUUCGGUCAUCGUGAUCGGAGAGGUGGACGAACUGAGAUCCAGAUUUAUCUGCUCUGCAAGAGAAGAGAAGAAGUCACCAGUUCUACAGAACAGCUGCCACCAGACCAUCCUGAAGAGCACAAAAGACCCAGAAGAUGUCCGGUCUGAGACGCCGGCUCAGCCUGAGACCUCCACCUUAAAGCCCGAGACGAAGGCAACCGAGGAGAAGACGUCUCCCCAGUCCCCCGUCUGCUCGGGGCCUCCCACGAGAGCGGGUGCUGUCAGAGUGAGGCCGGCUUCUGCAAACCCGACUGUAGGUUGCAUCAACGAGAAACCCGACCCCACAGAUUCAAGACUGGAGGCCGUGAUGUCGACCUCCUCCUCCUCGUCCUCCUCCUCCUCGUCCUCCUCCUCCACUGUGUCAGCCUCACCCAGCUCGAACUCCCAGGAGCUCCAGGGAGGAAAAGGUUUUGACUCUGCAGUUUACCGACGGCCCGACUCGGCGGAGGCCGGGACGUCAAGGACUGCGCCAGCCUGUGCGGGGCGCGGCCGGGUGGCUGAGCUGAUGAAAACCUUUAGCGCCGACACCCCGACACAAGCUGCUUCAGGUGGAAUCAAGCCGCCUCUUCCCACCAAACCUAGUCACUUGCGUUUAACAACCAGGUAAUCCUUAAAAGAUGGACAGACCCACCUGGUCCCAGGUGUCCUUCCCUCUUAUCAGGCCAAACCGGAGAAUGACUAACACCGGGACGCUAAACGGAGCCUUGAAAUCAAAAGGUUGUUGCUCCAUUUCUAAAAGAACAACCAUGAAAUGUCAAAGUAUUUUUACAUUAUUUUUGGAUGCUGCAGUACUGUAAUCUGUCUUUUU